CCCCCUCCCCCUCCACUCCACGCGAGCGCGCUUCUUCUCCGCCUCCUAUCCGCUCCUCCCGCUGGUCUCUCUACUCUCGUGAUUCCACACCUCCCGCCGCGAUCCCUCCCGGCCACCCACGGAGCACGUGGCGGCAGCAGUUCGGUUAUGGCGAGGAGCACGCGGUCGGCGGCCACGGAGCGCGCGUACCUCCACUUCGCGCCGUCCCCGGUGGCGCACGGCGUGCCGGUGCCCGGCCCGGCCGCCGCCGGCGCGGGCGAGGAGUUCGACGAGUCCGACAUCUGGGGCGCGCUCGCCCCGAGCGCCGCGCCGGCGCCGCGGGCCCGCCCGCUCCCGGCGGCGGCGGCGGCCGCGCGGAAGGCGGCGCCGCCGGGCGGCGCCGGCCGGGCCGCGCACGGGUCCCUGCCGGUGAACAUCCCGGACUGGUCCAAGAUCCUGGGCGGCGAGUACCGGGCCCACCACGCGGGCUCCGCGGCCGCGGCCGGGGACUGGGAGGUGGACGACGGCGACGACGAGGACGCCGCCGCCGCCGCCGCCGACGCCGUGGUGAUCCCGCCGCACGAGCUCGCGUGGCGCCGCCGCGCCGCGUCGCUGUCGGUCCACGAGGGGGGCGGGGCCGUCGGCAGGACGCUCAAGGUGCGGGACGCGGUGUGGAAGAGGACCACCGGGUUCCAGGACUGACCGCGACCGUGACCGGCGUGGCGACGACUUGGACGGCCGCCUUUGCGCCACUGCGGCAUAGCUAGCUGCUUCGCUUUGACGACAGAGGAUUUAGCUUUCGAUCGGGACUGCUUGUUGAUUACUGCUGCUAGGAGUAGUGCACUUGAUGUGCCUUGGAUUUUCGUAACAUUUAAGUAUUUAACAGCGUCUUCGCUACCCUUUUGUUGUUGGGAGGAGAUCAGGGAGAGAGACAGGAGAGAUUGGAGAUCAGGGAGAGAGACGGGAGAGAUUCUUUGACUUGUUGCACUUGUAAGAUUGUUCAUCGUUGAUUCGCUAGUGGAUCAUCUGCAUGUUGGGACAGAAUGUAGAGGCGUAGAGCGUCAAGCAAUGCUAUGCAAAGCGGGCCAAUUCCGUGUCGCCAUCCGUCGACUGUAAAAACUGACUUGUCGCGGAGCAGAUUUUAAUGUAUUGAGGCGGCUGUUCUGACCUGUUUCUCUUCAA